AAAUCCUUCUUUGUUAGGCUCCCCACUCUUGCCAUAUAAAUGUGAUAUCUUGGCAUGUGUUGUGGAUGCAGAUUCUUAUCUAACCCUCUCACUCAAACUCCUCUAUCUUCUAAAGUUUUAGUUACCUUAUUGUCUUUUAUUUUUUUUUCUUUUUCUUUUCUCCUUCUUCCUUGCUCUUAUCACAAGCAACAAUUAUUCUUUGCUUCAUUGUUAGAGCGAGUAAAAGGAGAUAUGGCAGAUUGCAAUAGAGAAGACUAUUUUGCUGCGGCAGAAGUUGAGUCACCUACCGGAGGAAAGAAGUAUGGUGGGCUUGUUCCAAAGAAGAAGCCUUUGAUAUCCAGAGAUCAUGAAAGGGCAUUCUUUGAUUCAGCAGACUGGGCAUUAUGCAAGCAAGGAGCUGGAGCCAAUAAUCAACAAAAUACAGCAGCCGUAGAAACCCUUCGACCAAAACUACAGGUAAACUUUUUGUUUUAGUUUUAUAAUAACAAUUCAUAAUUAGAGUUUACAAAAAUAAAUC